AGCUUUGGGAGAAGAGAAAGUCCUCGUUCAGAAAACUGUGCAUUCUCUUGAAUCAAACAUGAGUCGGAAUCGUGGUUUUCGCUCGUUUCUCAUCCUGCUCGUUCUCUUCGAGUCCGCGACCGCGCAGGAUUCCGGUUGCGGAUCGAGCCCCUGUCCACAAGCGAAUGGACUGUUCCCAGUCCCGGACGAUUGCACAGCUUUCUACAACUGCGCUCAUUGCACCGCUCACAGGCAGCAAUGCGGUCCGGGAACAGCGUUCGAUCCUCUGCUGCACGUUUGCAACCACAUUCACAUGGUUGAUUGCUCCAAUUCCGCAACCUCUUCACGAACUGCCGAUGCGAGUAACCCUGGCGGUAACGUGGAAUUUAGGCGAGUCCCACCCGCAGCCGCGAGCGAGGACCCAAUCGAUUCGAGAUCCUCCUUGAGUCAACGCUACGGCCACGUUCAGGCGAGAAAUCCUUCGGGUUACGGGAGCAUCCAGGGAUAUGAGAGCACUCCGGGAUUCGCGAGCACUCCGGGAUUCGCGAGCACUCCGGUAUACGAUCCUCGACAGGACAAUCGCCGAUUCAUCCCGCCCGAUACUGGUGCUGGUGGUACGCAUCCCUAUCGAGUGCCUACCACAGAUAUCUAUCAGUCAGGAGAACAAACUCGCACGACGGAUAUCAGGAUAGAUCAUUACACUAGAGAGGACAGCCAGUAUAAUGGUCGACCUCAGGACGAGCAUCAUCAACACGAUCGUUCUCGUCAUCGAUAUCAUCAUAAGGACCGUGAUAACAGACAGCAGCAUCAUCAGGAACAACAAGAAUCAAACUCCACCGUCGCCGAUGAGCGUAAGGUGGCGAUCCCUUCGAGAUCGCGCUUCAAUCACUCUCACAUUAUGCAUCAUCCGGAAGCUGUUUCAUACUCGACAACUCAUCAAGUAGUCUACGAUCAUUCCCAUGGCGAACACCACAAUCAUUCAGACCAAGAGCACAUCGGAGACCGAACUGAGGAAUACUCUUCUAAUAAUCGGGGUAUUCCCCAAUCGCGGAGCAAUCGGAACGACUCACAGCCAACUGAGGAGCAUGGAGCUACGCAGCCUGUCGUCAGCGAUCAGGGCAACUUCGAUCUCAAAGGGAGAUAUGUGGUGAACUCAGGCUUCGUUCCUUCCUACGUCGGGGAGCCUAUGAAAGACAACACUCCAACGAAAGCCAGGAACUACGGCGAGAGAGAGUACGUCCGAUCGGCAAUGGAGAAGCCGCCGCAGUCGGGUAUCCUCGACCUCCAGGGGCGGACCAUAAGCCCGGAUCGCUACUUUACGGAUGACUUCGGCGCCCCAGACGCCGACAGCCGGGAAUCGCCCGUCCAGCUGAAUGCCGAAGACCUCCGUAACUUUCAACGGAAUCAAGGCGGUGUUCCUUACGUGGAAGCUCCUCUGAUGACGGGUCGACAGGAGAGAGCGCCCUCUAUACAGCCCGGAUUCCGCCGUGAACAUCAAAGUCCAACGUCUUCAUCAUCCGCACGACCAGGAGUCGCGUCUUCUGCCGCUACGAGCCUCGGCGAUGCCGCUCGAGUCGGAAGCAGCACUGAGGAGCCGGGCCGGCUUUUCCUCGAGCACAAACGAUUGAACAAUCAACAAAACUUCCAGAACCCCCAUCCGUCGUACGCUGACGGCAGAGGCCGGAGUGCGACCGAAGAUCUCCGGGCUGUCCUCGACGCGGCGGAGAGCCGAGAGCAUAUGAUAUAUGUUUCCGCCCCGAAACUACCGACCCCGCUUCCGUUACUGGCCGAGCAGAGAAAGAAGGAGUACCAUCACAUGGGAUACAGUUUCGACCACGAUCCCUUCCGGGAAGUGGUCAAGACCGCCUAA